AUGGCGUGGUACUGUUCCGGAUCCACCAACACCGAGUUGGUCGAGAACCUCUUCAAGGCCGAAUUGAUCAAGAAUGAACGUGUCAAGGAGGCCAUGCUAGGUGUCGAUCGAGCCCACUACGCCCCCUCCCGCCCAUACUUCGAUUCCCCACAAUCCAUCGGCCACGGCGCCACCAUCUCCGCUCCACACAUGCACGGACACGCCUGCGAGUAUCUCAUCGACCAUCUCUACCCCGGCGCACGCGUGCUCGACAUCGGGUCCGGAUCGGGCUAUCUCACGCACGUCCUGGCUAACCUAGUCAUCAAGCCCGGACAGACAGGCCAGGACCCGAAUCAAGGCCGCGUGAUCGGGAUCGACCACAUCCCCGAACUUGUCGAUCUCGCUCGCUCCAACAUGAACAAGUCCAAGGAGGGUCAACGACUGCAACAGCUUGGACUCGUCCAGUUUAUCACGGGAGACGGCCGACUCGGGUGGGAGGCCGAGGCGCCGUAUGAUGCGAUACAUGUUGGCGCGGCGGCGGAGGAGAUGCAUCCUGUGCUGAUUGAACAGUUGCGAGCGCCGGGCCGGUUGUUUAUCCCGGUGGAAUCGGAGUAUACUGCGACUGAGACGGCUCUGAGUUACCUGGGAAUUGGGCAUGGAGGGCAGUGGAUCUGGGUGGUGGAUAAGAAGGCGGAUGGAUCGGUGCAGAAGGAGAAGGUCUUUCAGGUGAGAUAUGUGCCAUUGACGGAUGCGCCACGGUAG